CCCUUUCUCUCUCUCUCUCUCCGUCCCUCCUUCCCGCCCGGCCUGUCCCUGGAUCCCCUGCUCUCCCUCCCUCCACGUGAGAGGCUCCGCGGGAGAAGCCGGAGCCGCCUCUUCCAGCCCAAGGGAGCCGGAGCGCCGGGCAGGGCAGGGCCCAAAGGCAGCCGCCAUGGCUCCCCCGACCGAGAGUGCCCUGGAGGGCCAGGGACCCCCACGGGCCCCCAAUCGCCUCCGGUGGGACCUGACGGCGCCCCAGAUCGAGAGUGCGGCCAGUGAGCUGAUGGCCCGGACCAAGGAGGUCUACGACGCGGUGGGGGCCCUGGAGCAGCCGGAGGUCUCCUUCGAAAGUGUCCUCAAGGCCCUGGCCGCCGUCGAGGUCGACUACACAGUUCAGCGGAACAUGCUGGACUUCCCACAGCACAUCUCGCCCUCCAAGGAGGUCCGUUUGGCCAGCACCGAGGCUGACAAGCGGCUCUCGGAGUUCGACGUGGAGAUGAGCAUGAGGAGGGACGUCUACCAACGCAUCAUCUGGCUCCAGGAAAAGGUGGCAGACACGCCAAUGAAGCCGGAGGCCAGGAGGUACCUGGAGAGGCUGAUCAAACUGGGCCGCAGGAGUGGCCUCCAUCUGCCCGAAGCGACUCAGGAGAAAAUCAAAGCCAUCAAGAAGAAGAUGAGCUUACUUUGCAUAGACUUCAACAAGAACCUGAACGAGGACACAACGUUCUUGCUGUUCACUGAGGAGGAGCUGGGCGGGCUGCCGGAGGACUUCAUCAACUCCCUGGAGAAAACUGAGGCAGGGAAGCUGAAGGUCACCCUGAAGUACCCCCAUUAUUUCCCCCUGAUGAAGAAAUGCCAGGUGCCCGAAACUCGGAGGCAGAUGGAGGCCAAGUUCAAUUCCCGGUGCCAGGAGGAGAACUGCCGGAUCCUGAAGGAGCUGGUUGACCUGAGGGCCCGAAAGUCAGGCCUCCUUGGGUUCGAAACCCAUGCAGACUUUGUGCUGGAGAUGAACAUGGCCGGCAACAGCAAGACGGUGGCCGCCUUCCUGGAUGAGCUGGCCGGCAAGCUGCGCCCCCUGGGGGAGAAAGAGCGGGCGACCCUCCUGGAGCUGAAGCGGGCCGAGUGCGAGAAGCGGUCCCUCCCCUUUGACGGGCGCAUCAACGCCUGGGACAUGCGCUACUACAUGAACCAGGUGGAAGAGACCCAGUACCGGGUGGACCACAACCUCCUUAAGGAGUACUUCCCCAUGCAGGUGGUGACGGCCGGGCUGCUCCAGAUCUACCAGGAGCUGUUGGGCCUCUCCUUCCAGCUGGAGGAGAACGUCCAGACCUGGCACCCGGACGUCCGGCUCUACGCCGUCAAGGACCUCACCUCGGGGGAGACCCUCGGCAAGUUCUACCUGGACCUCUACCCGCGAGAGGGGAAGUACGGGCACGCCGCUUGCUUUGGCCUCCAGCCGGGCUGCCUGCUGGCCGAUGGCAGCCGCCAGAUCUCGGUGGCAGCCAUGGUGGCCAACUUCACCAAGCCGACGGCGGACGCCCCUUCCCUGCUGCAGCAUGAUGAGGUGGAGACGUACUUCCAUGAGUUCGGACACGUUAUGCACCAGCUGUGCUCCCAGGCUGACUUUGCCAUGUUCAGCGGGACCCACGUGGAGCGGGACUUCGUAGAAGCCCCUUCGCAGAUGCUGGAGAACUGGGUGUGGGAGAAGGAGCCCCUCCGGCGGAUGUCCCGGCACCACAAGACGGGCAGCCCCAUCCCGGACGCGCUCCUGGAGCAGCUCAUCCAGUCCCGCCAGGCCAACACAGGCCUCUUCAACCUGCGGCAGAUCGUCCUGGCGAAGGUGGACCAGGCUUUGCACACGGAGACAAAGGCCGACCCUGCGGAGGAGUACAGCAGGCUCUGCGACCAGGUCUUGGGUGUUCCGGCCACCCCAGGUACGAACAUGCCGGCUACUUUCGGCCACUUGGCGGGCGGCUACGACGCCCAGUAUUACGGCUACCUCUGGAGCGAAGUCUAUUCCAUGGACAUGUUUUACACCCGGUUCAAGCAGGAAGGAAUCAUGAGCCCGAAGGUGGGGGCGGACUACCGGAACUGCAUCCUCCGCCCAGGGGGCUCCCUGGACGCCUCCGAGAUGCUACGCCAGUUCCUGGGGCGAGAGCCGAAGCAGGAGGCCUUCCUGGCCAGCAAGGGGCUGGCGGUGGAGCCCAGCUCCCUCUCCUCAGCUUGCUGAGCAGUCCCUGGGGUGGGGGGGAAGGGCCCCGAUCCUCCGUGCACCUUAUCGUCAUGGUUCAUACGUCCCAGGGAGGGAGGAGGAGGGUUGGUUGGCCUGCUUGUCGAAGGGCGAGCAGGGAGGCAGACCCGGUUAGGAGGGUCUGAGCUCUGGUGGAUCAUGGGAGUUGCAGUCACGUUCUGAAACCAAGGACUUGCCCCAUCCCAAGUAUCUUCCUGCCAGCGGAGAACGUGUCUCCGUUGGGCUAAUUUUGAACCAGGACCCCUUGUGAGCUGCCAUCGUUUCCCAAAAGCAACUGGAAGCGGGGUCCGGAAAUGGGGAAGUGUCCACCAGGCGGGCCAGGAAACUCCCGUCCUCCCCUUGCUCUGCUCAGCCAGGAAGAAGCCGGCCGCUUUUUGACCCAGAGCUCAGCAGAAAACGAUGCAGUGGGAGGGGCCCCCAGGGCCAAGCCUAUAUUCCUGGUGCCAGGAGCCAGGAGCAGCCUCUGGCCUUCCUCAGGGGAUCCCUCAACCAGGCGGAGAAUUUGUCCGGUCGGGUCUGCCGGCUGCGUCCACCCAUCCGCCCUUUUUUCUCUGAGGGUCUUGACUCUUCCUCCUCCCAGCGAGAGAUGCACAGCUAAUAAAGUUUGAAACCUUC